AGAGCAUGGGAGAGAAAAGAAAAAGAUGGACAAAUAUGCCCUCAGUUGUAUGUUUGCUGGAGUUGCACUAGCAUAAAGAGAGGGAGGUCCAUGAAGGCCCAAGUGACAAGUCUUGUUGUUGAAGCUCUAGAGAGAGAAAGAAGUCUUGUUGCAGAAGCAGCAAGAGACAAGUGUGGGUUAGAGAGAAAGAAGUCUUGUUGCAGAAGCCUUGUUGUGUUGGUUAGAGAGAGAGAGAGAGAGAUUCAUGUUUAUGCAUGAGGGGGGGUCAAAAAGCCGAUCAUGGAUUCUGAAGCGAAUGGAUCGUUCAGGCAGAUAGACGGUCAGGAUUCUUCGGAUUCAUCACGGCUUAUCCUGUCCGCCGAUCCCAAGCCCAGGCUGAGAUGGACGGCUGAGCUUCACCAGCGCUUUGUCGAUGCAGUAACCCAGCUUGGGGGACCAGAGAAAGCUACUCCAAAAUCAGUGAUGAGGAUUAUGGAUGUGAAAGGCCUCACUCUCUACCACCUCAAGAGUCAUUUACAGAAAUACAGGCUGGGAAAGCAAACUCAAAGGGAGGCCGUCAUCAAUUCAAAUGGCAGAGAUGCAGUGUCCCUUGAAGAAGUAACUACAGUUUCUGAUUCAUCAAUUUGCCUGGGAUCGGAAAACCGACCUACGGACACCUGCAGCCCCACCAUGGUGACAGACACCCUGCAAAUUUCAGAAGCUCUGAGACUGCAAAUUGAGGUGCAGAAAAGUCUCCAUGAGCAACUUGAGGUGCAAAGGCAUUUGCAAAUGAGGAUAGAAGCACAGGGAAAAUACUUGCAAUCAAUUUUGGAGAAGGCAAGGGAAACACUUGCAAGGCAUCACAUGGGUUCGGCCGGGAUAGAAGAAACACGAAGAGAGUUGUCAGAAUUAUCGGCAAAAGUGUCGGACGGUUGCCGGAAUCCAGCAACUUUCUCCCUCAUUGGACACCAAGGGCUCACUGGAUCUCAAGCCAAAUGUGAAGUGUUAGAGAGGUUAAAAAAGAAGCCAAUGGCCCCAGUUUUGGACUUAAACUCCAAUCUUGAGCCCUCGAAUGAAGAUUUUGGUAGCGGGGGCUGCCGGAAAAAGGAGUUCGAUCUCAAUGGCUUCGAAUUGGGACUGUAACAUAAAUAUGAAGAAAUUAGAAAGAAGCCGGCAUUUUAUAAAUAUUUACCCUUGAGGGCAUGUUGGUCAAAUGCAUGCGGUCCUAAAACCUGACCAUGGGAAAAAAGAUAUAGGAUGCAUGGAAUCAAUACUUCGGUCUUUGCACAUGCCCACCUAGAGAGAGAGCAAUAAAAGAAGUGCAACAAAUAUUAGA